CUGCGCCUUAGUUUACUAUCCGAUGUAUCAUUUCUCCAAACAAAAACAUCAACUUUGAGAAAUAACUAAUCAUUUCUUUGAUUUUUCUACGGGAACAUCACCUAACUAAAUAAACAUUUCGCCAAUAUUAUUACGAAAGGACCUCCAAUCUCAAAAAGAUCAAUCACCUAUCACUCCACCAACUAACACAAACAACAUGGCCGACCGUCCGCCCCCUCACGCCCGUCCAGGACCCAGCAAAACCACCCGCACAAACACAGCCGGAGUGCGGCGCAACCUAUUCCAGAGCCAGCUAACCCGGCGUCCGACGCCGACAGCGUCUUCAUCCAAUAACUCGGUUGAGACGUUGCGGCUUGGAGAUGUUGAGGUGCUGUCUGAUACGUCCGAGAUUGUGAUUCGCGAUAAGAAUGGCGAAUUCGACAUGGGCGAUCCACCGACGCCCACUUUAGACGAGCCGGAUGACGGUGGCGUGUUAGAUGAAGCGCAAGAGAGUGAGCGGGAGAGGCAAAGAUUAGCAGAGGCGGUUAAGCACCACCAAAUCAACCACAACCGCACGCCUGCGCAACCCGAAGAAGUAUUGGAGACGGUCCGAGCUAGUAUGAGAGCACAAGUAGCGGCACUCUCCGAAGAUAAUUGGAUGUACGAGCCGGAGGAACCACGACUUCAUCAUGAAUAGUCAUACCUAAUUAUUAAUGUCAUCAAGACAUGCUCA